GUAGUUGACGAUAGCUAUUUAUGUCUGCUCAUAAUAGACGUGUUCCAAUACAGUUUGUAAAUAUUUACGAUUAGACAAUCUUCAGUAUGUGGAAAUACCAAUAUGGACGCCAUUUUGUGGAAUAGGAACAGUGUAUAAGCACUUCCUGAAUUGUUUAAGCCAAAACUAUGACAUUUUGUGUUAAUUGUGAAUGGAAACAAGGUUUAAAAUCCAAAUGACAAUGGAGCCCAGCUACAAGGUUGUUCAAUGGAGUCACCAUAUGAGCCCAGACAUCCGCAAAACCAGAAGACCAACAGAGGGAGCCACUACCGGCAACUGGAACAUGAGUGGGGUUCCCGGAAGUGUGCAGGAUGACUACAACCAGUCAAAGACAAAUGAGAAACUUCAGAAGGAGCAAAGGCGUAUUGAGGAUGAACGGCGACGGAAACGGCAGCAGCAGACAAUGGUGGUCGUAAACACCGACGGUCGCCCAAACUCCGGCCGCAAGAACAAAGGAGAGAGACAACCCAUCCUCAAGACAGACCAGUCCUCAAAACCAUCGACACCAGAAAACUUUCAUGCAUACCUUGGCCCGGAGAGUUACAAUAAUGAUGGCAGUAUCGUGGAGAGUUUGGGCGGGCCCAUUCUGACACUGAACGACAACACUGUGGACAGUUGCAGCGACGGGCCCAGUGAUGCUGAUGACAUCCCCACCAUUGAGACUGAAGGAAACAUGAAACCGAAAACAAAAAAGAAAAAAGGCAAGGGAGGUAACCCUGAAAAUAAUUGGGUGCACUCCCCUGAGAGGAACUUUGAGUUUAUCCCAAACUCUGAGUCCUCAAGCCCGAGUGAAAGGGGUGUGGAGGGCGGCAAAGAGCCCAGAAAUGACCAUAAGUACAAACAGGCAGAUCCCCAAUUGCAUCAAGCUGACAACAAGCCUGUCCCUUCAGGGAAGACCAAGAAGAAGAAGAAGAAAGAGAAGGCUGCACCUCCACCACGCUCCCCAGCAAACCGGAGUGGCUUCCAAGCGCCUGAGGACCCAGAUGAUGAGGUGGCAUCGGAGAGUAUGCCUGUGGGUCCCCCACCCAAUGCCAUACGAACCCCAAGUACUAAGAACCUGCAGGAGAUGGCACGUUUCCAGGACGAGGACUCUGAAGAUGAAGAGGCUGCCCAAGGCGCAAUGGGGCGUGCAUACUCCCCCGAGAUGACAGAGAAUCUUGACGACUUUGUGAUUAAACCGGCACCACAGGGCGUCACCAUAAAGUGCCGUAUCACACGGGACAAGAAAGGCGUGGACCGCGGCAUGUACCCAACAUACUUCCUACAUAUGGAAAGAGAUGAUGGCAAACGGGUGUUUUUAUUAGCGGGUAGAAAAAGAAAAAAGAGUGCUACAUCAAAUUACUUAUUAUCAACAGACGCGACGGAUCUGUCACGAGGCGGAGAGGCAUAUGUUGGGAAAAUAAGAUCAAAUCUUCUGGGAACCCAGUUUACUCUGUAUGACAAUGGGGAAAACCCGAAACAGGGCAUGGAGACCGCCCGCAAGGAGCUUAUUGGAAUUGUCUAUGAGACCAACGUGCUUGGCUUCAAGGGACCUCGCAAGAUGACCAUUAUCAUUCCCGGCAUGAACCUGGACCAUGAGCGAGUAGACAUCAAACCAACAUCGGAUCAUGAUGGUCUCAUUGAGCGAUGGAAGCGAAAGAACAUGGACAACAUACUGGAGCUUCACAACAAAAGUCCUGUCUGGAAUGACGAGACACAGUCAUAUGUGUUGAAUUUCCAUGGGAGGGUGACACAAGCAUCUGUGAAAAAUUUCCAGAUUGUACAUGAUAAUGACAUGGACUACAUUGUGAUGCAAUUUGGUAGAGUUGCGGAGGAUGUGUUUACGAUGGACUUUAAUUACCCGAUGUGUGCGUUACAAGCCUUCGGUAUCGCUCUCAGCAGCUUUGACAGCAAGCUGGCGUGCGAGUGAUUACCCCACUCACCUACACUGUGUACAGAUAUAUCUCCCAUCCAUUCUAGUUCCAUCGAGGAUUCAGAAUUCCAUUCUAAGCUCACCGACUUUUAUCAGGAACUAGUGCAUUAGGAGUGUUAAGGCUUGAAGUGACAUUAAACAUAGAAGAACUCGGAACGUACAUGCUUUUGUCCAUUGAUAGAACUCCAUACUGUUUUGCUUCAUGAAUUGUACUUUUAGUGAUACUGUUACAUAGCUUCAAUAUUAAUAACUUGUACAAGAAUAUUUAAAUGCGCUGUGUUAAGGUUUGAUGAGCUGGAUCUCAGACACAUUUUACAUUAACGGAAAUCUGUUACCAUGUGAUACUAGUUUACCACUUAGACUUAUUUACAAACCUGUUACGUUUUGGUUUUAAUGAAUAGAAUAAUCAAAAAAGUUAUUCCGUCAAAUGCAUCGCUUCCAUGACUAUUGAGGCUGACUCUGACUUUUCUGUGCAAUAACACUGUCUGUCUGCUAAAGUGGGGUAAAAUGUAGGAUGUUUCCUUGGAGAACUGGCAGUUACAUACAGUUAUACUGUGGAAUGAAUUCUAUGAAAAAUAACACAAAGUAUAAUUCAUAAAUUUCCAGGAAAAUGUUCACAUCUGUGCUUUUUGAGAUUAAAUUUCAUUUCUUUACAGCAGAACUGAACAAAGAGAAAUUGCAUGUUUCACAAUGCAAAUAUGUUGACAAUUGUUUAUUUUGGAGUGGACCAGGGUUACAUUCCAAACUCACAUUAGCGUCUCAACGCUCAAAAUACUAACAUAAGUUAUUAUCAGUAUUUCUAGAAAGUCAAACAAUGAUUAUAAUUGUCGAUGCUCAUAUUUUUCUUGUACAUUGCCAUAGGCUAUACAAACAAUAACAUAUCAGAAUGGUGAUUUAUAGCUGUGUAAAUGUUGGCCCCUUGAUGUGUAAACAUGUGUGUGGAAUUGUGCAUGUUUCUUUGAAAAUGUUUAGUUUUUUGUCUUGUGAGGCACUUACAUAAUGUGAAAAUGAUUGAAUACUUAGGACUACUGCUGUGUUGACAAGUUAUAUUCCUUCAACAGUUAUCUUUGCCUUGAUACUUUUCGUAAGUACUUAAAUCUUGGUUUAAAGCAAUUUCUGAGUUGUUUAAGUGUGACUGUAAUUAACUUCAUAUUGUUGUUAUUCUGUGCAUUUUAUUUUCAUCAUUUUCUUGACAUUCCAUUGUUUAAAAAUGUGUUUAAAACAUAAUGCUUCAAUGUAUUUUAUAGAGCUUGUACUUAAACGUUCUACUGCAGAUUUCUGUCCCAACCCUUAUCUUCUUCUACCUUGCCUGUUUCCGCACAAUAACUGAUUUCGUUCUUAUAGUCUUAGCCCUUGUGGUGUUGGAGUCGUAGUGCAAAACUAAAUAUUUGUAUGAAAAGCUACAGAAACAAGCUCAGUAGAAAAAAGUUUAAACAUAAACCCGGUUUAAUUGCACUGGGUAAAUGCCAUAGACAUAGAACAUAAAAUCACAAACAAGAAACAUGGAAGAACAGCACAAAACUCCACAAGCAGCACAGUGCAUACAUACUACAUACAAAAGCCUGCUCCACUAGAAAAAAAUCAAGAUAUUUAGAUGCAACUUGGUACACAUUUGCCAGAGACAACAUUCACAUGCAUAGCAAGGCCCAUAACUCUGGCUUUAAUAAUUGCUGAGUUAUGCCCCUUAUUUGCCUCCAAAGGGCAGUAAACCUUGAUAAACAAAGACAACUUUGUCGUCUAUUACUCUUGUUAGUGAUUUAUAGGAAUAAUAUAAUAGAAUAUAAUAAUAGUUAUAUGAAUGACUUUAUACUUGUCAAACAAUUCAGUUGAAGAAUUCUAUACUGUGCUAAUAGAUUUUAUGUUUAUGUAAAUGAUAUAUAUAUAUAUAUAUAUAUAUAUCUACGAGUUCUGUGAUUUCAUUGUAAAGCAAUGUAACGUUGUGUUUAUUGUAGAUUUCUAUCUGGUUUUUAGUUGUCCUCAUUUUAUUUUCCAUUCUUAAGUUUGGUAAUUGUAUAUAUAUAAAACGACUUUGAAUACGGUCUUUUUAUAAGACUUUUGUUUUAAAACAAUUAUUUCAAGAAGAUCUUACAUCGUAUUUUAACAUGAUAGAUCUAGAAUAAUGAGUUAAAAUAUAAACUUUAGCUUAACAUGUCUGCUUUCACCUAUUCGGAUUAAAAGUGAAAGUGAAUAUAAUUUCUAGUCGCAGCAUAACCUCAGAAGUUGCAAGCAUGUGAUAUGUUACGAGUAUGUGUUAAAAUUUAACAUGACAAGCUUUACAUACAGAAUUUGUGUUAAUAAAACUUUUAUUAAAACUUGACAUCACCAUUGUAGUCAUAAGAUAAACAUUAUGUACAAUGUAUGUUUGUUUAUACUCUAUCUGUGUUACUGGUAUUUUAAACUCUGAAGCCGUCCUUUGUAUUUAUUGUUUAUGUGUGCUUUAUAUUUUGUAUUAUUGCCAAGAUUUUGAGUAUUUUUCCAUUCCGCGUGUCUGUGUGUUGAAGCAUUAUUGUGUAUAAGUUUAAUUAUGAACCUGGCGCCAAUUUCUCGAAACUUCUUCAGCUUAAUAGGCUUAAGUUGCUUAUUUCAAUUUGACAAAACACAUACUUAAAUAUGAUUUUGGUAAAUAAAAUAUGGUUUAUUGUGAUAAACAUAACAGUAAUUCCUAUCUUAUAACUCUUAUUGAAGUUGAUAUUAAGCGAAUUAAAGACAAAGGAAAAUAGUGAGAUUAGUGUAAUCCUGUUAUAAGGGACUUGGGAAGUUUCGUGAAGCUGGGGCCUGGUGCCUGUUACAAUAAACGUCUUAGUCAUAAAGUGGAAUUCUGUUGCAUCGUUUCAUUAUUUGGCAAUGUUUCAGUAUGGAAUAUUUAAGAUGAAAACAUGACAGUGAGAAACAAAAAUAUAAUAUUAUACAAACUGCGAUGUAACUACAGAUUUAAGAUGUUCAAAGUAACAUUCAAUAUCCUUUAUUAAGGCAGGCCCCAUGAACACUGUGUCCGUGCAUUCUCCUCUAGUGAAGCAUUGAUGCAGAUGUGGAAUCAAUUCCGAUAAAAAGUUUAAGAAGGCAUUUUCCUAAGUUACGUGUUUAAUUUUACUAUGAUUUAUUCCGCAUGCUAAUGAAAAUUACACUGGGAAACGAUGUCUAUGUUGUAUUGUAUUUGAAAAGAAGUUUCGAACGCUUAUUAGAAUUCUGCUUUUGUACUUCUAAGGGAAGAAUUUAUUACAGUUUACAGUGUUACAUAAUAUAGUAAAUUUUUCACACUUAGGGUUGAAUUGAUAUUUUGCCUGUUUAGAACAAGAUACUUGCUUAUGAGAAUUUCUAUGUUAAGAGAAUGAAAAAGAAUGUGACUAUAGGUAAAGCGGUUGGUAGGUUUGAUGUAUUGUUUAUGACUGAUGUGUUACUGGUUCCAAAUGAAUUGUUACGUGAUCAUCUGUUAUGUGUCCAUGUCUCAUAUUAUUUAAAAUAAACAUUGAUAAAUAAG